CACACUGCACUGCUACUGCCUUGUCGCCCGUUUCUUCUCCGUGUCGUAGAGAUCCUGAAUCUUGCUUAGAAAACAUCUUUGCAUCGUACUUCUCUUCCCAAUAACAAGGAUUUUCAAGCAUAACCGUUCUGAAUUCAGAUAACCAGAACCAUGGCUGAGACGAGCAUUCUUGAGGAGGAAUGUGAAAAUGAGAAAAAAUGUGAAAAUGUCACCCCUGAUGGGAUGGCGAAGGAGGAAGAAGUGGCCAGUUCUAACCCCAUCUUAUUACCAGUGGAAAGUUGGGAUUUUGGAAAGUAUUCCUGUGAGGAUGCUGAGAAGAAGUUGAUGGCCAUUGGUAUAAAUAAAGGACAAUUCAUUGUGAGAGAUAAUAGAGACCCUGGUACCUUCUCGCUGUCUGUGAGAGAUAACGAUCCCCAGAAGGGAGAUCAUGUCAAGCAUUAUAGAAUACUUGAGAUGGUUGGAGGUAAUGGCAUCUUCAUCUUUGAAGGAAGUAUCUUUCGAACACUCUCAGAGCUGGUUCAUCACUACCAGAUGAACAGUGAAGGCCUAUGCUGCAGCUUGACCAAAGCUUGCCCGCAGGAGGAGCCCAACACGAUUGGUCUUGGUAAGGACCGGUGGGAGAUCCAUCAUGAGUUUCUCAGGAUGACCAGACGACUCGAACAUGGACAGUUUGGUGAGGUCUGGCAAGGCAUAUGGAAUUGUAACACACCUGUCGCUGUCAAGACUCUGAAGGAAGGGACAUCAGCAGACUUGCUGGCUGAGGCCAACUUCAUGAAGAGAGUCAGACAUGAACGCCUUCUACAGCCCUAUGCAGUGUGCUCAGACAGAGAGCCAAUCUACAAAUUGACGUCAAAUGGAAGCUUACUGGAUGGCACGGGCAAGGACACCAAGCUGACGACACACGUUGAUAUGGGUGCACAUAUAACCAUAGCAAAGAAUAGCAAUGAGAAGGAAUGGGACAAUGUCCCCCCUGAUGAUGGCGGAAUGGUGAAAGAGCGACCUAUAGAAGCAGCAAAUGAGAACACAAAUCUGUUAUGUCCCUUGAACAAAGAAGAAGAACUGAAGGAGACUGACAAAAAUGCUGCAUUGGGAGAACAGAAUACAUCACUUCCACCUGCAAGUAACAACAAGACAUGUAUUACCAAGCUUGCAGGAAUUGAACCCAAGUACAUGUGGAUGCUCCGUUUAAUACUUUUUGUAUUACUUAUAUCAGGAGCCAAUGGAAUAAAAGUUGAAGAGGGGAAAUACAGGAAAGUGAUUAUAGCAAGGAAUGAGACUCAGAUUGUGACUGACCCAAUAGAGGGACCAAAUGAUGGCUCGAUCUUCGCGGUCGUUGCAGAAGAUGGAAAUGACUGUAAAAUAAGCUUUAAAGUUGACUCAGACUUUGUGAUAGAAAAUCAGAGUUGCUACAUUGUCGUGGGGGACAAGACUAAGACCGAGUGUAAGGGAUUGCAGAUCAUUUGGAAUGGGACUCACAUUUACCUUGCCGUAAAUGGCUCAAAGCUGACUCACGACCGCACAGAAUUCUAUAUAUUUCAACAAGCCCCACAACACUUCUCCCUUUACGUUGUGGACGUGUACAUCAAUUAUGAUCAAGACAUUGAUGAAUGCGCAUCUAGCCCGUGUGUGAACGGAGGAACGUGCGUGGAUGGACAUGACUCAUACACCUGCAACUGUGCAAAAGGCUACGACGGAGCUGACUGCGAAAUCGAUAUUACUCAACAGGAGUUCCCCAGGAACAUAACUAAAGCACCCAACGAGACUAUAGACGCCACUGACCUAGUUCCCAUACCAGCUCCUGAUUGUACAUACUGGAAGAAGGCCUUCGACAUCGUUGUACCACUUCUGUGCCUACUUUGUGUAAUCUUGGUAAUCGGAAACAUCCGUGAGAGGUUGAGAAACAAAUUGAUGGAACGAGUACUCACAAAAGUCCCUGAUGAAGACCCGGACACUACAGCCCUUGAUAAUCUUGAUAGGACGAAUGGUCAUGCUGUCCAAAGCUAAACGAGGAGAUGAAGGAGCUACCGAGUUUCGCUUUCCAGUACAAGGCCUUUGGGAGGGGGGGGGGGGGAUUCAUUUGUUUGUUUUAGGUUGUGUUUAAUUUUUUUCAGUUGGGUAUUGGACGUUAGCACAUUUUUAAUCUUCCUGUACAUCCAAGAGAUAGGAUAGUCCCUACCAAGUUUUAUUUCAACUUGCACUCAAAAUGAGAUGGGCGAUAGCGUUAGAGUCGCGCAUGUUUAUUACUAUAGUUUCUGGAGA